AUGUCUGACCUCGACGCGGACUUGUAUGGAGACCUCUAUGGCAACGACGAGAACGAGUAUGCGGUGCCGACGGAGCACCCAGAAGAGGCAGGGCAGCCGCGGUCGCAAGAGCAGUUGCGAGCGGCGGAAGAGCCUAUUAAACAGAUAAAACCCGUUUCUGAGUCAACACCACCUGCAGCGAUUAACUCUGUAUCUCCAACGGACACCAAACCUCAGCCAAUCCCCUCCCAUACAGAUCAUACACAUUCAACUAUCUCCGCAUACACGUCACCUCCAACACAGCAAAUACCGACAUAUCAGGAACGUCAAGACUCUGAUUAUCGGGAGGUGCCUCCGCCUCGACAAGACUACAGUCCUGGUGGGUCUGCGGACCGUCCAGUACGGCCUUCGGAAAUGAAGGAAGAAGGGUGA